CGUAUGCAAGUUGAAAGUUCACCGACCAUCAAAACAAACAUGGCGGACGACAUUGAAACUUUUUACAAAUCAGAUUUGCCAACUUUGGCGUUUCCUGUGUUUGAGGAUAUUCGUCGACAAGGAAAAUUAUGUGAUGUUACGUUAAAAGUGGGUGACCGCAAGUACAGAGCUCAUCGGAUUGUGUUAGCAGCUUCUAUACCAUACUUCCAUGCUAUGUUCACCCACGACAUGGUCGAAUCUAAACAAGAUGAAAUAAGUAUGCAGGGUAUUGACCCAAACUCACUGGAAGCCCUUGUAAAUUUCUCCUACAAUGGACGCGUGGAGAUUGACCAGACCAAUGUUCAGUCCCUACUUGUGGCAGCCAGCUUUCUUCAUCUGCAGGCAGUCAAAGAUGCCUGCUGUGAAUUCCUGAAGAAAAGACUUCACCCCCAGAACUGCCUUGGGGUCAGAUGUUUUGCGGACCAGUACAUGUGCUCGGGCCUCGUAGAGGCUUCUAACAAGUUCCUGCAGAAGAAUUUUAAAGAUGUUAUGAAGUCAGAGGAGUUCAUGAACCUCUCCAAGGCAGAAGUUCAGGAGAUUCUGGGGAGAGAUGAGCUGAAUGUGGGGUCUGAGGAACAGGUUUUCGAAGCAAUGCUGUCCUGGAUUAAGAAAGACGGGGCUAAUCGUGAGGAAUUCCUUCCCGACCUGAUGGGCAAAGUGCGUCUGCCGCUGCUAACGCCACAGUUUCUUAGCGAUAGGGUAGCGUCUGAGGACCUUGUUAAAUCAUCACAUAAAUGCAGGGACCUUUUAGACGAGGCUCGGGACUAUCACCUGAUGCCAGAGAGACGACCACUGCUUCAGACGUUCAAGGCACGGCCACGAUGCUGCUCUGAUGUUCCUGGAAUAAUCUACGCUGUCGGUGGAUUGACAUCCUCAGGUGAUUCAUUGAGCACAGUUGAGUUCUAUGACCCGCUGUUGAAUCGGUGGAGGGUAGCUGAGGCCAUGAGUACGUUGAGGAGUAGAGUUGGAGUCACUGUCCUAAAUGGUCAUCUUUAUGCAAUUGGGGGUUAUGAUGGACAGGAUCGCCUGAGCACAGUGGAGGUGUUUGACCAAGGCACCAAGCGAUGGAACAAAGUUGCACCCAUGAACUGCAAACGCAGCGCUCUAGGUGCUGUGGCUCUAAACAGGAAAUUAUAUGUGCUGGGAGGUUAUGAUGGAGUUACCUCCCUCAACUCUGUGGAAGUGUACGACCCUGAGAAUAACAUAUGGUCGAUGCUUUCACAUAUGCUGAAGCACCGCAGUGCCUCAGGAAUAACAGUCCUAGAUGGGGACAUCUAUGCAUGUGGUGGCCAUGAUGGUUUGUCCAUCUUUGAUUCGGUUGAAUGUUACAAGCCUUCUACCAAUACGUGGCAGUAUGUAGCGCCUAUGACUUCCAAACGGUGUCGACUGGGUGUGGCAACUCUAAAUGGAAAACUCUUCGCAGCAGGGGGUUAUGAUGGAUCAGUAUUCUUACGCACGGUUGAGUACUAUGACCCAAUUAAAAAUGAGUGGAAACUUGUCAAGCCCAUGAACGUGAAGAGGAGUCGAGUAGCUUUAGUGGCAACAUAUGGGCGAUUGUAUGCUAUUGGUGGAUAUGAUGGGGCCACUAACUUAAGUACAGUUGAAGUGUACGAUCCCGAGAAGGAUUUAUGGGAGUUUGUUAGGCCCAUGUGUGCUCAUGAGGGAGGGGUUGGGGUGGGUGUGGUACCUGUGGAGCAUGUUAACGAAGGAUGACUCCCUUGUUUGUU